UACUUCUGCCAGAUUUUCCGCCAGUUUCGUCGCGAAUCUGGUCGCAUCAAUCUGGUUUUAGUCUGGCUAAGUGACUAACCUUUCGGUGUCGUGUGUUAGUGCGGCUGAAGCCUGCGAGGGAUCCGUCUCCUCCUCGUAUUUUUUUUAUUAAACGAGAGAGGAGAGUGGCUCCUGAUUGGCCGCCAUGUUCAACCUUCAGCAGUUGUUUCAGUCGGCUUCUGUAAAAGCGCAGCAGCAGCAGCAGGACGAGCGCCAGCAAGACCAGAGCGCAGGUGCACAGGCACAGGCACUAGUGCACCAGGGGCACGAGCAACCCUCUCAGCCCUCGCAGCCCUCGCAGCAGGAUGGGGCGAUGGCACAGCCGCCGCUGCCACAUCAGCAGCAGCAGCAGCAGCAGCAGCAGCCGCAGCAGCAACUGCAGCCGCUGCCGCCGCCGCAGCAGCAGUAUCAGCAGCAACAGCAGUAUCAGCAGCAGCAGCAUCUGGAGCAGCAGCAGCAACAGCAGCAGCAGCAGCAGCAGCAGCAGCAGCAGCAGCAGUAUCAGCAGCAACAGCAGUAUCAGCCGCAGAAGCAUCAUCAGCAGUAUCCGCAACAGCAGCAGCAGCUUCCGCCGCACCAGCUGCAGCAGGAGUCGCAGCAGCACCCGUCGAAUCCGAUCCUGACGCUGCUCCAACAAGCAGCCGCUGCCCCCAACCAAGGCGGUCACACUCCCAGUCCCCCUCCCCCCAUGCCUCCCCCUCCUGGCGUACCCUCCUCCCCUCCUCCCCCUGGAUACGCGCAGUGGAUGGGCCAUCCCCCCCCAGCCCAUGUCCAUCCGCACUCCCUGCCACAUCCCAUGCACCCCGGCGCGCUCAUGCCAUACCCGUUACAAGGCAUGCAUGGUCCCACAUCGGGCCCUUCCCCUCCGCCGCCUCCGCUUCCCGCGAUGCUGAAUCCGCAGGGCCAACCCAUGAUGCAUAUGGGGCCUGGUCCGUCCGGGGUUCCCCCGCACAUGAUGCACAUGCAUGCGCCGCAGUACCAGUAUCCCCCCUCGUCCCCGCCCAUGCACAUGCCCCCGCCUGCUCCGCCGGUUGCGCCCGCCCCCUUGCCCCCGAGCGCCGCUCCCGCGCCCGCAUUCCACGGCGCGCAUCUCAUGUCCUUGCUCACCGCGGGCGCAUCUCCCCCGCCUCCGGGUGCGCAGCCUCCGCCACCGCCCGCGCAGGCCCCUGCGCCUCCCCCUCCCGGUUCCUCCGCCGCGCCAGCGGCUGCGGAGAAUGCCCCCGCCCCCACAGAGGCGCCCGCUCCUGCCCCCAGUGCCCCUGCUCCUCCGCCCGAAACCGCUGGAACUCCCCCUCUCCCCUCUGCCCCCUCCGCGCCACCCCCAUCCUCCCUCCCCCCUGUGCUCGGCGCGCUUUUCAGCGCAGCAGGCGCGACCGCCCCUCAAACUCCUCCCCGGGAGCCCUCUGCCCCGUCCGCCCCCCCUCUCCCUUCCGCCACCCCCCCGGCUGCCCACCCUCCUGCUUCCGCGCUUGCUCCCGCCACUCCCCCUUCCGCUCCGCCCCUCCCCGCAGCGGCGGAGCACCCUGAGCCGCCCCGCAGCGCCCUUCCGCUCCAGCUCCACAGAUCGAAGCGCGGAGUGGGGAAGGUCCUCGCGGGAAACGCGGAGGUGGUUUCCUACAGGGUGGACAAGAGGGAUCCGUUAGAAGCAGGUCCGCCGCAGCUUGAGGUGUCGCCGAUAACGGUGUAUGGGUCGGAAGAGGUGCUGGCGCCAGGGAGACAGAUCGCUGUGAACAGGCGGUAUAUCAGCUACGCGCUGAGGAACGCGAGCAUCCGCGUGCUGAAUAUCAAUACGGCCCUGCGUGCGCUGUUCAAGGGACACAAGAAGCGCAUCACGGAUAUGGUGUUUUUCGCGGAGGAUGAGCAGCUCAUGGCCAGUGCGAGCGCAGACGGCCUGGUGGUGGUGCGGCGGGUGGAGGAGGGGCCUGGCAGUGACGGCAAGGCGGCCAUCAGCGAGAGGCUACUGGCCGUGCUGCAGCUCAAGGGCCCAUGGGGCGCCGUGACGCCACAGCUAGCCUGGCACCCCCGACAGAAGGACAUCCUCAUAGUGGCGUGUGACUGCUUCGUCCUCCUCGUCUCCAUCGCUGCUGCAGCCGCAGCAGCCCCCACCAAGCCGCCCUCUCUCUCCGACCCCUUUGUCAUCGACCUCACCAACGAAGCAGCACCAGCAGCAGCAGCAUCAGUAGGAGGGAUGCAGGGAGUUGAAGCAGCAGCAGCAGCAGCAGCGGGGGUGUCAGCUGAGACGCGUGCAAUUGUGGAAGGGGUGAUAGUGCUGAAGGGUCACUCGGCGCCUGUGUGGUCGUUGCUGCCCGAGCCCAGCGCAUCCACGCUGCUGCCCACCCCGUCCCAAGACGGCACGGUGCGAGUGUGGAGCAGCACGCAGUGUGUGUCUGUCAUGACCCCGCACGCCGCAAGGCCAGUCUUCUCCGCCCUCUUCCUGCUGCCGCCCUCUGCUCCCUCCAACCACGCCCUCCUGCUCACUGGGGGCCCCAACAACAGCGAGCUCAAGCUAUGGGCGUCCAACUCUUCUGUUCUCCCACCAGACGCUCCUUCCUCUGCUUCCAGCUCGCAGCAGGACAACUGGCGCUGCAUCCACACCCUGCAGCUGCUAGCAGACCCCAUUCCUGCCAAACCCACUACCAGCAGCAGCAGCAGCAACACGCCUACCAGCAGCCCCAUCAUCAAGACCAGCAGCAGCCCCAGCAGCAACGGCAGCAGCAGCAGCAGCAGCAGCAGCAUGGGGGUGAGCGGCAGCAGCGGGGUAUUCUGUCAGCUGCAGGUGGUGCAAUCCCUGGGUCUGAUUCUCCUCACAGACGCACUCCAGAAGGCCAUCUACGCCGUCUCCAUUCGCUUCGACCCCGCCUCCCCCUCGCUCUCCCGUUUCCACUCCAUUGCCCAUUUCUCUGUCACUAUGCCAAUUCUUAGCUUCACCGCCUACGUGGCAGCUCCUGCUGGGGGUGCAGGGCCGGGGGAAGCGGUGGGGGAGGCUGCGCAGGGGGAAGGGGGAGGUGUGGGGGGUGGUGGUGCGGGGGCAGGGCCGGGAGAGGGGAAGCAGGGGGUGGAUGGGGGGAGAGAGGAGUCAGGAGGAGGGGGAGGGGGUGCGGAUGGUGAUGGUGGUGGUGAGGGGGGAGGAGGAGACAGGGGUGAUGGUGGACAUGCAGGUGAGUGGGAUGGUAGUGAGGGGUCAGGGGAGCCGGAGUUGGUGCAGCUGUUCUGCAUGCAGACGCAGGCUAUACAGCAGUACUCUCUACCUGUCGACAUGUGCCUUCCCCCCUCCUCGGAGGACGAAGCCCCGUCCAUAACUGCUGGAGCGACACCUGCAGCACAGGAGCAGGAGAAACCACCACCAGUACCACCAGCGGUGGCAUCAGCAACAGAACCAGCAGCUGGAGCAGCACCAGCAGCAGCAGUUGCAGUGGGGGCAGAAGCAGCAGCUGCAGGAGCAGGAGCCGACGUUGCUAAACCCGCAGAGAAGGCAGUCGAGAGUGGAGCGGUGACAGGGGGUAUUGGUGGCGUUGGGAAGGCAGAGACGGCAACAGGUGAAGGGGCAGGGGCAGGGGCAGGGGCAGCAGCAGCAGAAGAAGCAGCAGCAGCAGGAGGGGCAGGGGGGGGAGGCGAUGGGCGACCGCACCUGGUGACACCUCAAGAACUGCUGGCUAUGGUCAUGGGGAUGAGUGGUCCUACUGCUGCCGCUGCCCCUGCUGCUGUUUCUGAAGCUGCUGCAGAAGGUGUUGCUGUGGCACCCGGUGUGCUGCUCUCUGCGCAACAGGCGCAGGCAGGAGCUGCUGGGACGGAGGAGAAGAAACCAGCAGAGCAGGAAGGAGUUGGCAUUGGUUUGGGAGUUGGUGGGAUUGGUGAGAGCACCAGGCCUCCCAUUUCAUACCGUGAUGCUGCUGCUGCUGCUUCUGCGGCUGCACCACCAAGCACAGCAGCAACAAAGGAACCUGCCGUACCUGUAACGGCAGUGUCAGAAUCACCAGCACCAGCACCUGCACCACUUGCAGCAGCCCUGGCACCAGAAUCAGCAGCAGCUCCACCACCAGCAAAGGCGGAUUCUGCUGCUAGUGCUGCUGUGGCUCCGGCUCCUGCGGCUGCUCCAGGUGCUGCUCCAGGUGCUGCUUCAGGUGCUCCUGAAGCUGCUGCAACCACUCCGCUGGCUCCUACUGUCACUGCCCCCUCUGCAGCAACUCAAGUGUCUGCUCCUGCUGCACCUGUAGCAGCAGCACCAGCAGUACCAGUAGCAGCACCGGUAGCAGGGGCAGCAGUGGUAGCAGCGCCAGCAGCAGCAGCAGCAGCAGCAGCAGUGCAGGCAGGUGCUCUCGCAACUGCUGCUGCUCCUGCUGCAUCCAGCAUCAUGCAUGCACACGCUCACCCACAUGGCUCCCACAAGGGCCGCAAGAACAAGCACAAGACUGCUGCUGCUGCGACGGCAGCACCCGUAGCAGCUAUUGCUGCUGCUGGUGGUGGUGGUGGUGGUGCUGGUGGUCCAACAAGUGCAGCAGAGGAUACGCACACACAUCCUCUCGGGUCAGCAAUAGCUGUUGCUGGGGCGGCUGAUACCACUUCUGUUCCCAACGCUGCUGCUGCGCCAACAGCAGCAGGCACACCGACACCAGCAGCGGAAACGGCAGCAGUGGCACCUGCUCCUGUGCUGCAUGUGGCUGGUGUUGGUUCUGCUGGUGCUGCAGCAGCAGGGGUUGCUCCUGCUCCUGCUGCUGCUACUGCUGCUCCUGGAGGGGCAACUGGGUCUGCUGACGUGGCAGCUGUGUCAGCAUCCAUCCAGGCGCUCAAGAGUGACGUGGCAGCACUGCAUUCGACGGUGCAAACGCUCCUGCAGCAGCAGCGGGAGGCGUCAAAGCACGUGCCGGCGCCCCUCCUCAAGGAGACCAAGCGCCUGGAAGCGGCCCUCUCGCAGCGCGUGGACCGCGUCGCCAAGGCCCACGCGGACGCAACCCAAGCACGCCUGCAGGAGGAGAUGGUGAAAGAGUCUGGCAAGAGGGAGAAGGUGGAGAAGGCGGGGCAGGGGCACGUGGUUGCACAGGUGGUGGCAGCGGUGGUGGCGGGGAACGCGCAGCAGGUGGUGCCGGCGGUGGAAGGCGCGGUGGCGCGUGAGGUGGUGGGGGCUGUGCGGAGUGCCGUGCUGCCUGCUCUGGACUCCGCUGUCUCGGCACAAAUCAAGCUGCUUGGUCAGAGUCUAACGGAAGAUGUGCGCAUGCACACCGCCACACUCAUCCCACCAGCCAUCGCUUCGUCUCUGCAGGCGUCACUGUCCGACGCUCUACAGCGGGCGUUCACCGAGGCAGCAGUCCCAGCCAUGGAGCGAGCCGUGCGGGAGAUGAUGGGGCAGCUGGACCGUAGCCUGCGCUCGGGGCUAGCAGCGCAGCAGGCAGCACAGCAGGCCGCGGUGCAGGCAGCAGUGCAGACUGCAGUGGAGGCAGCGGUGGAGGGCCAGAUGCAGCAGCAGCUGGCAGCGCUGCAGCAGCAGCAGGUGGCGCGGAUGCAGCAGGAGAUGCAGGCGAUCGCUGCUGCUGCUAAUGCCUCCAUCAAGGAGUCCGUGUCAUCGCUUGACUCCGUGGCAUCUGCUCUGCAGCAGCGCCUUCAGGCCCUCGCCUCGCUUCCUGCCGCCGCUGCUCCCACAACUGCAGCCCCUGCUGCAGCAGGAGCGCUGGCAGUGACAGCUGGAGGGAAGGACGCUACCACUGCAGCUGCUGCUGAUGCUGCACAGAGCAACGGGCUGGCUGGAAAGGCGGUGCCCUUGGAGCAGCUGGAGGCGUCACUUGACCCCACUCGGGAGAUCUCUCGCCUGCUGGCUGACGGCAGCUACGAGGCUGCUUUCACCCGUGCGCUCUCGCUCUCUGACAUUGCCAUCGUCACCUGGCUCUGUUCCCAGGUCACCCCUGAGAAGGUGUUCUCUGCGUCGCCGUCCCUCAGCCAGGGGGUCCUCCUCUCCCUCGUGCAGCAGCUGAGCGUCGACCUGCAGGCUGACACCGCCACCAAGCUCCCCUGGCUCAUCAAGUCGCUCAUGACGCUGCAGCCGCGCCACCCGCAGCUGGGCGUGCACAUGCGCCCCAUUCUCGAGCAGCUCUACCACGCCGUGCACCGCGCGCUGGCGGCGGUAAAGGCCGAGGGGGACGGGGCCGCGGGUGCGCAGAGUGAGAGUGUGGUGCGGGAGCUGCAGCUGCUGCUGCAUGUGGCCACGUCCGUUCUCACGACUUGCUCGUGAAGGGAGGAUGGAUCAUGAAGGGAGGAUGGGUCGUGAAGGGAGGAUGGGCCGUGAAGGGAGGAUGUGUCGUGAAGGGUCAAUGGCUAGUGAAGGGUGGAUGGGUCGUGAAGGGUGGCGGCUUGUGAAGGGUGGCGGGCGGCUCGUGAAGAGCUGGUGGUUUGUGUAAGGGAGGAGAGCGUCUGGGGGCUUGAGCGGCGAGAGGGGGGUGGGGUGUUGAGGUAAGGAAUGCGAUGAAAGGGUUGUGGAUAUUGGUUGGUAUUGUGGGGGAGAUGUGAGGUAAGGGAGUUUGUUGUGACAAGGUGAAGGAGCAAUGCUGACUUGGCUGAGGUAUUUGUGACUUAGUUUUUACUCAUGCAUGCAACCGUUCACAGUGACCGUGAUGGUGCCAUGCCAGGCUCUAAGCACUAGCCUUUUUAUGGCUCAUCUAGCUACGCUAACAUACCUCCAAGGCAAAAGCUGCAAUAUUGAGCUAACAGGGGCCAAGAUUAUUG